CAUUGUGUCUCUUUUCAGUUUUCACACUCAAAUUAAAAAAAAGAAAAACAUACUAGUAGAAAAAAAGGAUGGAUGAAAUAGUAGGAGGGGAAGAAUACCUAUUCAAAAUAGUAGUAAUAGGGGAUUCAGCAGUUGGGAAAUCAAAUCUGUUAUCACGGUUCGCAAGAGAUGAAUUUGAUCUGCACUCAAAAGCCACCAUCGGGGUUGAGUUUCAGACCCAAGUUAUGGAAAUUGAUGGCAAAGAAGUCAAAGCUCAAGUCUGGGAUACUGCUGGUCAAGAAAGGUUUCGUGCUGUUACUUCUGCUUAUUAUCGUGGUGCUGUCGGUGCCCUUAUCGUUUACGACAUAUCUCGCCGCACUACUUUUGAUAGUGUUAAACGUUGGCUUGAUGAACUCAAUACUCAUUGUGAUACAACAACAGCAAGAAUGCUGGUGGGGAACAAGAGUGAUUUGGAGAACAUUAGGGAUGUAAGUGUCGACGAGGGUAAACAACUUGCAGAAGAGGAAGGACUAUUUUUCAUCGAGACAUCUGCACUUGAUUCAACAAAUGUCAAAGAAGCUUUUCAGAUUGUUAUUCGUGAGAUAUACAACAAUGUUAGAAGGAAGGUUCUCAACUCCGAUUCUUACAAGGGGGAAUUGUCUUCUAACACUGUUAGCCUCAUCAAUGGCUCUAAGAACGGCAGUUCCUGUUGUUCCCGAUGAGGGAAGCUCUGAUUUUGUAGCAAGAGGCAAGAGCUAAGCUUAUGGAGUAAUAUUUAUUUAGAUUUGUUCUUUUUAUCUGGUUUUAAGGUGCCAAAUGUUGUACUCGCCUUCACACUUUUGAUUUUGAGUUCCCAGAUCACAUAUUAAACGGUGUUCAACUGAA